GAUCCUAAUGGUCAUUUCGAGUUUCAUGUUACAUGUUUUUUCUUUUCCUAUUUUGACCCUUUUCGUGGUUUCAUAUGUCAUUUGUGACUUGCGGGGUUGGGUGGUGCAAUUUACGAGGUGAUCAGAUAAGAAUUUCAGUUUUGAAGUUCGAUUAAACUCAAUGUUCUAGACUAACGAGGGCUGAUUUGAGUUUCGACAGCUCCAUUAGGUUCGAGGGCUGAUUUAUAACUUUGUUGGACGGUUUGGAUGAAUACUGAGCCAUUUUGAGUGAUUUGACUCAAUCUACGUAUUUUGUUUGUUAUCUGAACGAUUUCCAAGGAUCCUUUCGGGUUUUGGUUGAAGAAGUUUACAACUAAACUGUUGUCUUUGUGUUCGCAAUGAGACCACCACAUUUACAAGAAUGAAGCCAGCUGGUCUUCACCUUCACGAGGUCUUUGUCUCAUUCGUGAAGAGAACUGAGAUCAAGCGAGCGAGAUUUGUCAACGUACAAUAAGAUUCAUAAUAUUGCAAAUUAGCGUGUAUCUAAAGAUCUAGCUGCUAAGCUAGUUAGAUUUUUGUAAGUUACCUGGUUUCAUUUUUAAAAAAAAAAAUACUUAUAGUGAAUGCUGCUGCAAUAUAAAGCCUUCCCCUUCUUUAAAAAAAAUUGAAACUUUAGCAAAAGCUAAUGUUAAUAUGCACAAGAAGGUGCCUUUUCCUACUAGAAAAAUGCAAAAAUAUGAAGCAACUCAAGCAAGCACAUGGACAAGUAAUCACAUGUGGACUUGGGGAAAACAGUUUUGCUUUAAGCAGACUGUUAGCUUUCUGUUCACAUCCUAAUCUUGGUAGCCCAGUUUAUGGCUUUAAAAUCUUUGAACAAAUACAAGAACCCACAAUUUGCAUAUUCAAUACAAUGAUCAAAUCAUUCUUACUCAAAGGUGAUGAUGAGGUCAACAGAAUCACAGAGAUAUACAGAAACAUGUUGAAAAUUGGGAUGUACCCUGAUAACUACACACUCCCUUAUGUCUUAAAAGCUUGUGGAAGGAUGAAAAGUUUACAUCUUGGUGAAUUGGUUCAUGGGCAAAUCUUGAAAUUAGGGUUCUUGAUUGAUACUUUUGUGGGUAAUAGUUUAAUUGGUUUCUACACUUGUUUUGACAAUGUGGAAGCUGCAAGAUCUGUUUUUUAUGAGAUUCCUUGUAAUUGUGUUGUUUCUUGGACUGUUUUGAUUUGUGGGUAUGCAAAAAGAGGGGAUGUUUAUGAAGCAAGAUUGGUUUUUGAUGAAUGCUUAGUGAAGGAUAGAGGAGUUUGGGGGUGUAUGAUAUCUUGUUAUGUACAAAAUAAUUGCUUCAAAGAAGGGUUACAAUUGUUUAGACAAAUGCAAAUGAGUGGAAUUGAACCAGAUGAGGCUAUUCUUGUUAGUGUACUUUCUGCUUGUGCUCAUUUGGGUUGUGCUGAUAUUGGGGUAUGGAUUCAUAGAUAUGUGAAGAAGUUGAAAAUGGGAUCGAGUAUUAAGUUAGGAACUGCUCUUAUUGAUAUGUAUGGGAAAUGUGGUUGUUUAGAUAUAGCAGAGAAGGUGUUUGAUGAAAUGCCGAUAAGAGAUCUCAUUUGUUGGAAUGCUAUGAUAUCAGGAUUUGCUGUGAAUGGGAAUGGUUUAAAGGCCUUAAAGUUGUUCAAUGAGAUGCAAAAAUUCAGGAUUAGGCCGGAUGACGUUACGUUUCUUUCGAUGUUUACUGCUUGUAGUUAUGCAGGUAUGGCGAACGAAGGUUUAAAUUUGUUGAAUCUAAUGUGUAAUGUGUAUCAUAUUGAGCCUAAAGGUGAACACUAUGGAUGCAUAAUCGACGUUCUAAGUAGAGCCGGGCUGCUUGAGGAAGCAAGAAAGAUAGUACAAAACAUGCCUAAUUCGAGUGCUCCUUCCGAAGAGGCUAUAGCUUGGAGAGCAUUACUAAGUGCCUCGGGGAAUCACGGAGUUGUUGAUUUGGCUGAGGCUGCUGCUGAGAGAAUUGUGCAGUUGGAAAGGCAUAGCGGAGCAUACGUUCUACUCUCGAAUAUCUAUGUUGCAGCAGGUAAACAUGACAAUGCUAGAAGGAUAAGGAAGAAGAUGAAAAGCCAAUAUAUAGGCAAAGUACCAGGAUGCAGCUCACUUGAGAUCAAUGGUGUUGUUCAUGAACUCAUUGCAGGAGAGAAAACUCAUCCUCAAUUGGUUCAAAUCCAUCAAGUUUUGGAGACUAUUAACAAUCAUUUAGAUAAUAGUACGCACAUCUUACAUGGUUAUGAUCAUUGAUAUAUAAAAUAUUUUUUCACUAUUUUUCUAAAAUAAGAAUAAAUUUACUUUCCAAUAAUAUUUCUUCCCUUUCUAUUUA